AUGGGAAACAUGCCUGCCAAUGCUGCAGUUGAUGCCCCAGGCUCGGAGACCCCAAUAUCUGAGCCCGGGGAUGAUCGCGACAGACAAAUCACCAAUCUUGCACAAUCCCUCUCAAGAAUCUCACAACAGAGCAGUGUUAAUACCAGUCAAGCUGUAGAGGGUGUCAACGCCUUCCUCGACUCCAGUGACCCUGAGCUAGAUCCCAAAAGUGACCAGUUUAAGUCGCGCAAAUGGGUGAAGAACAUCAUCCAGAUGACGUCUCGCGAUCCAGACCGGUACCCGCGUCGUACAACAGGAGUCUCCUUCCGUAACCUCAACGUAUUCGGAUACGGCACUGCGGCUGACUAUCAGACGGACUUUGCCAACUUCUGGCUCAAAGGCGCAGGGCGGUUCCGCAGCCUCCUUGGCUUGCAGAAGAAAGUACGCAUUGAAAUCCUGCGGGAUUUCGAAGGCAUGGUUCAUAGUGGUGAGAUGAUAGUUGUGCUGGGUCGCCCGGGAAGCGGAUGCUCUACCUUCCUUAAAACUAUCGCUGGAGAGACGCAUGGCCUCUACCUCGACAAGGAUAAAGGGUCCGAGGUUCAAUAUGAAGGCUUGUCCUGGGACGACAUGCACAGCCGUUUCCGCGGCGAGGUUAUCUACCAAGCUGAAACAGAAACUCAUUUCCCCCAGCUAACCGUCGGCGAUACACUGCUGUUUGCUGCUCACGCUCGAGCACCGAGCAACCGACUUCCCGGUGUCACACGCGACCAGUAUGCGAUUCAUAUGCGCGAUGUGGUAGUGACGAUGCUUGGCUUGACCCAUACUGUGAAUACCAAGGUGGGCAAUGAGUUCAUUCGAGGUAUAUCCGGUGGGGAACGAAAGCGGGUCAGUAUCGCCGAAACCAUUCUGUGUCGAUGUCCUUUGCAGUGUUGGGACAACAGCACUCGUGGACUUGAUAGCUCCACUGCGCUAGAAUUUGUCAAGAACAUCCGCCUGUCCACUGACUAUAGUGGAUCCACCGCCUUGGUCGCAAUCUAUCAAGCGAGUCAGUCCAUCUACGACCUGUUUGACAAGGCACUUGUUCUCUAUGAAGGCCGUCAGAUCUAUUUCGGUAGCGCGCCCAAUGCACGACUCUUCUUCAUCAAGAUGGGAUUCCACUGCCCAGAGAGGCAAACCACAGCGGACUUCCUUACUUCUCUCACCAGCCCUUCGGAACGCCUGGUUCGCCCCGGAUUUGAAGAGUCCGUUCCUCGCACCCCCGAUGAGUUCGCAGCCCGCUGGAAGGAAAGCCCCGAGCGUAAGCAACUUCUAGCGGAGAUUGCAGCAAACACCGCCGAAAAUACCACCGGAGAAACAAAAUUUGACCAGUUCAGUCGCUCCCGCGCAGCUGACAAACCCUGGUUCACUCGCGCAGCCUCCCCAUACACACUCUCGUUCCUGAUGCAAACCCGCCUGUGUCUUUGGCGAGGGUGGUUGCGGCUCAAGGCAGACUUGGCUAUGACACUUGCCACGCUCAUUGGAAAUGUAGGCAUGUCUUUGAUUAUUUCCAGUCUCUUCUACGACACACCGAACAACACCGACAGCUUCUACAAGCGUGGAUGCCUACUUUUCUUUGCCAUAAUGAUCAGUGGGUUCUCCAGCUCCCUGGAAAUCAUGAUCAUGUGGCAGCAACGGCCGAUUGUGGAAAAGCAUCGCAAGUACGCACUAUAUCAUCCCUCGGCGGAAGCUAUUAGUGCAUACAUUGUGGAACUUCCAUCGAAGAUCUUGCUCGCAGUUGUCUUCAAUUUGAUCAUCUAUUUUCUACCCCAUCUUCGACGCACUCCGGGCCAUUUCUUCAUUUUUUUCCUCUUUUCGGCAAUGACGACCCUUGUGAUGUCCAAUAUCUUCCGGUUUAUCGGCGCAAUCUCUCGGUCUGUGGCCCAGGCCAUGCCUCCUGCUUCGGUCUUCAUGCUUAUCCUGGUCAUUUACACCGGGUUUACCAUUCCAGUCCGAGAUAUGCACCCUUGGUUCCGAUGGCUCAACUAUGUGAACCCGAUUGCUUACGCCUUUGAGGCUCUGAUGAUCAAUGAGUUCGGCGGACGAUCCUUCCCUUGUUCGAACUUUGUGCCGGGUGGCGUGGAAAUUUAUAAGGACGUACCUCUCAGCUCCAAAAUCUGUUCCCAGAAAGGUGCUGUUGCAGGUCAAGAUUUCAUCAAUGGAGAGACAUACAUCAACACAGCUUACCGAUACUAUAGCCCACAUCUGUGGCGAAAUUUCGGAAUUCUCUGCGCUUUCUUCGUCGCCUUUUUUGGGCUGUACAUCUUCUGCAGCGAGUUAAUCCGAGCUAAACCAUCCAAGGGUGAGGUUCUAGUGUUCCCACGUGGCAAGAUGCCUGCUUGUGCCAAGAACACUCGAAAAGACGAUCCAGAGGAGAUUGUUGCAUCAGAGAAAGGUGCAGUUGCUAGUGAACCUCAGGACACAACUGCAGCAAUUGUUCGCCAGACUUCGGUUUUCCACUGGGAGAACGUGUCUUAUAAGAUCAAGAUCAAAGGGACUCAUCGAUUAAUCUUGGACAGGGUAGAUGGCUGGGUCAAGCCCGGCACUUUAACGGCCUUGAUGGGUGUCACUGGUGCAGGAAAAACAACCUUGCUCGAUGUGUUGGCUGAUCGUGCCACUAUUGGCAUCGUCACCGGUGAGAUGCUUAUUGAUGGCCGGCUACGCGACGAUUCUUUCCAGCGGAAGACGGGUUACGUGCAGCAACAGGAUCUACAUCUGGAGACUAGCACAGUUCGUGAAGCUCUGGUUUUCAGCGCUCUUCUACGCCAGCCUGCCAACAUUUCGCGCCAGGAAAAAAUUGCAUACGUUGAAGAGGUCAUUCAUAUGCUUGGCAUGGAAGAAUACGCAGAUGCCGUGGUAGGCGUUGUUGGUGAGGGCCUCAAUGUGGAGCAGCGCAAGCGAUUGACUAUCGGUGUGGAAUUAGCAGCCAAGCCAGAUUUGCUGCUGUUCUUUGAUGAACCCACUUCGGGUCUGGAUAGUCAAACCGCUUGGUCAAUCUGUACCCUGAUGCGUAACUUGGCCAACCACGGUCAAGCUGUACUGUGUACCAUUCACCAACCUUCGGCAAUGCUGAUGCAGCAGUUCGACCGCCUAUUGUUUCUUGCUAAAGGAGGACGCACUGUUUACUUUGGGGACCUCGGCCCAAACAUGGAAACGUUGAUCAAAUACUUUGAAAGCAAAGGGUCGCCCAAGUGUCCACCAAACGCAAACCCGGCCGAAUGGAUGCUGGAUGUCAUUGGUGCUGCGCCGGGAUCCCAUGCAGAUAGAGAUUGGGCUGAACAAUGGACCAACAGUCCCGAGUGCGCAGAAGUUCACACAACGUUGGCUGGAAUGAAACAAGAUUUGUCUAAAAGCGCCGUACCCCUGCAGCCUGCAGGGUUUGGUGAAUUCGCUAUGCCAAUCUGGCAUCAGUUCCUCAUUUGUACUCAACGUACUUUUCAGCAAUACUGGAGAUCUCCGUCAUAUCUGUACGCCAAGGUUCUCACCUGUACUGCUCCGCCACUGUUCCUCGGAUUUACCUUCUGGCACAUGCCUACCAGCCUUCAAGGGCUGCAGAAUCAAAUGUUUGCAAUAUUCAUGCUCCUCGUCAUCUUCCCGGGUCUAGUCCAGCAGAUGAUGCCAUCCUUUGUCACGCAGCGUGCUUUGUAUGAGGUACGCGAACGGCCUUCGAAGGCUUACUCGUGGAAGGCAUUCAUGAUGGCCAGUAUCCUCGUGGAGCUGACAUGGAGCAUCGUGAUGUCGGUGCCAAUAUUUUUCUGCUGGUAUUACCCAAUCGGGUUUUAUCGCAAUGCAGAGCCCACAAACGCCGUCAUCGAACGAAGCGGCAUCAUGUACUUACUCGUCUUACAGUUCAUGAUGUUCACGUCGACUUUUAGCUCAAUGAUAAUUGCGGGAAUUGAAGAGCCCGACACUGGCAGCAACAUUGCCCAGUUCAUGUUCUCGCUUUGCUUGGUCUUUAACGGCGUACUCGCAAAUUCUUCCGACAUGCCUCACUUCUGGAUCUUCAUGAAUCGGGUCUCACCAUUUACCUACUUUGUGUCCUCCGUGCUCUCCACAGGUCUGACUGGGACUUCGGUGAAAUGUUCUAGUAUUGAGUGGCUCACCGUCUCACCUCCAGAAGGGCAGAGUUGCGGCAGUUAUCUGGACCCUUACAUCAAAGCUGUGAACGGCACAAUGCUGAAUCCUGAAGCGUUGGUGGAUUGCAAGAUCUGCCCAAUGUCGAGAACGGACCAGUUCCUCAAAAGUCUCAACAUGUCGUACUCGGAUGUUGGGCGCAAUAUCGGGUUGCUGUUCGCCUAUGUGGGGUUCAACAUUGUCGCCGCACUCUUCCUGUAUUGGCUUUGCCGCGUCCCUAAGCAUUUGUGGCGCAAGUCAAACCAGGCCUGA